AUGGCUCUUUUUAACGACGUGCUCAACAGUGCCAGAUACAACCCAAAGAUUAGGCCUCUUGUCAACCAAACAGCGACCCUUGAGGUCAGUGUAAUGUUUGAACUGCUGUCGGUGGUCGAGCUUGAUGACGUCAAGCAGAGUUUUACCUGUAACGGUUUUCUGGGAUUUGGCUGGGUAGAUGAGAAGCUAAAAUGGGACAAGGACCAAUAUGGAGGACAGGACGUGAUACAUCCGGUCCCACAGGACAUCUGGAGACCACGUGUGGUCAUCAUGAACACCUUAGGGGACCGGGACCCUUUUGGUGAUGACGUUGCCCCCAUGUUCGUCUACAGCGAUGGGUCAGCAUCCUGGGCACCAGGGACACUGUUGACAACUUCCUGUCAGCUUGACCUAACGGACUACCCUUUCGACAGCCAGAGCUGUACAGUAAAGAUAACAUUUUUCAUGAAGAGGAGACCCACCUUUCUCCUCAUCAAUAUUAUCCUCCCUGUCGUGUUUCUCUCAUUCCUCAAUCUGCUCGUCUUCGUCAUUCCCGUGGAGUCUGGUGAGAAAAUUGGUUAUGGUAUCACAGUGUUGUUGUCUCUUUCUGUCUACAUGAGCAUCGUCAGCUCUCUACUGCCCAGCUCCUCACUGACUACACCAAAGCUG